AUGUUACAAAGCAACAAUAGCGAUAGUAAUACAAUUAAAUAUAUAAACUUACAAAAUGGUAUUGAAAUUGAAGAAAUUUCAACAUAUCCUUUAAAUAAUAUUAUUAUAUAUAAAGAGCGAAAAAAUAAUAAAACAAUAAGAAGUUUUACUUAUAUUAUCGAAGAAGGAGUUUAUCCAUCUCAUAAUAUUUUAGUAACAACUGGUUCACCAAACAAAAAAUUGGCUAAAAAGAUUCCUGAUAAUUAUAUCGCAAUAACUACCUGGGGACGUGGUCCUCUUGUAUUUGGAUUACAGCUAGAAACUCUAAAUAAAAUACGUAAAACUGAAAAAAGAUUACAUACAAUUAAACCAGCAAUACAAUGUUCUGAUAAGACUUUAAUGAACCGAGCACGAAAAAUGGGAACUUUAUUACAAUCAAGUUUUAACAAUGAGGCUAGAUCGAAAUAUUAUAUUGAAGAUAAAGUAAAUUUAAAAAGUGUAGAUUUUUCAGUUGAUAAAUAUAAUUAUCAUAUUGAUUUUAACCCUAUACAAGAAAAUCAAAAAAUUCAGUCAUUAGUUCAAACUAUAGAUCAAAAUAAGAUUUCACGUGAUUCCUAUCGUAACUUAACUAUAGAUGAACCAAAUCUACCACGAGAAUGGGCCCUUUUUACUUCUUCAGAAACACCGCACUCUACACCCAGGAUUUUAUGUUUACUAUUAGUGUUAAAUUCAGAAGCAUCUGAAUUAGUUGAAUUUAUGGCUCCCAAACCGGAGAAAAUUAAACU